GCGCCCCCUGGCGCCUCCUCGGGCCCGCGUUUCCCGCCUCGCUUCGCGCUCCUCGGCCUUCGCGUCCCGGCGAUGGAGGCGGCGGCUCCGGAGGGCGCCGAGCCGGGGAGCGGCGGGAGCGGCGCGGAGGAACCCGUGGUGUCCCUGGCGGAGGUGCUGGCGGAGAACGAGGAGCUGGAGAAGGAAGCGCGGGCCGUGCUGGGGGGCAGCGACCACGAGCGCUGCAGUUACUCACAGGGCGCGGUGAAGCGGCAGGCCCUCUACGCCUGCAGCACCUGCACACCGCCCGGCGCCGAGCCCGCGGGGAUCUGCCUGGCCUGCAGCUACGAGUGCCACGGCACCCACCGCCUCUUCGAGCUCUACACCAAGAGGAAUUUCCGCUGUGACUGUGGAAAUAGCAAGUUCAAAAAUCUGCAGUGCAAGUUACUCCCGGAAAAGGGUAAGGUGAAUUCAGGAAAUAAAUAUAAUGACAACUUCUAUGGAUUGUACUGUACAUGCAAAAGACCUUAUCCUGAUCCUGAAGAUGAGAUUCCAGAUGAGAUGAUCCAAUGCAUAGUUUGUGAAGACUGGUUCCAUGGAAGGCAUCUUGGUGCAAUUCCCCCUGAAAGUGGAGACUUCCAUGAAAUGGUGUGCCAGGCCUGCAUGAAACGUUGCCAUUUCCUAUGGGCUUAUGCAUCCCAAUUAGCAGUUCCUCCUUUGACCAAAGCGAGCUCCCUUGAAGAUGAAGGGAUUGUCCUGAAGGUAGAGGAAAGUGAAGAGCAGAAGAAAGAAAUAAAAAAAGAAGGUGGAGUGGAACACCAUGACACAAAGGAGGAAAAGCAAUUGGAACAAUUUAGUGAACCAUCCACUAGCUCUGGGUCUGCCUGUCCUGAGGUAGUUACUAAGAGUGAGGAGCCCAUCUGCAAGCUGAAAGAGCUCCAAAGCAAGCCGUUUGUAAAAAAAGAUACUGCCACCUUUUGGCCAUCCAACUGGAGGAGCAAAUUAUGCACUUGUGAAGACUGCUUGAAAAUGUAUUCAGAGCUUGAAGUCCAGUUCCUGACAGAUGAAUGUGACACUGUCUUGGCCUAUGAAAAUAAAGGUACCAGUGACCAAGAGACAGAGAGGAGAGAUCCUUUAAUGGACACCCUUAACAGCAUGAACAGAGUGCAGCAAGUGGAACUCAUCUGUGAAUACAAUGACUUGAAGACAGAACUGACUGACUAUCUCAGGAGGUUUGCAGAUGAGGGCACGGUGGUUAAAAGAGAAGACAUUCAGCACUUCUUUGAAGAAUUUCAGUCUCGGAAAAGGCGACGGACUAACAGGAUGCAGUACUACUGUAGUUAAACUGAGAGGGUUUGGGUCUGAAAGGACACCUGGCUAAACAAUGUUCACAAACAGAAAAAGCAUCUUCAGUUUUUGGCUUCUCAUCAAAAUCCAGCUGUCCAAGAAACAUCAUCAUUUUGUCUAAUACGUCCUUCAUUUGUAGCACCUAAAACAUGUUCUUAACAAAUCCUUACAUUGCGCUUAGAGGGAUUUCAGUACCGAUGGACUUGGCAUUCCCGGGAGAGCCGGCCGUGUCUCCAGGGGAGGAGGGCGGGACGGGAGCAGCGUGUGCUGCACUCCCCUGGUUCCUGCCGGGCUGGAGCCGAGCUGUGCUGAACCUGCCCGGCC